AUGGCCCCACCCCUCACAAACCUCCAGUACCAGGCAAUAUUCGCUCUAUUCCAAUCGGGCAACCAAGUUACCUUGACCCAAGUCAGGACAGCUCUCGACACUCAUGUACAAAACAGCUCAGACGAGCAAUUCGAGGCGCUCCCUGGCGGCGGCUAUAAACUCGAUGCCAACACUGGCUUCGAAAGUUCCAUUGGUUUCUUCAAGUACAACUGGCCUGACUUCUGGGUCCAGUUGCACUUUGAUCGAAUCCCGGAGUACUUGAGCAAUAGGCAUGUUGACAAUCCGACGGCCCAGAAUCCCCAUCCUACCUAG